GCGGGGCCGAGCGCAGGGCCACCCGGGCGGCCGGGGAGGCCACGGACCCGCUGCGACCAAGGCCAUGGCCGGACAUGCCCGCGGCUCCGCGCGCGCCCUGCUGGCCGCCCUGCUGGCGCCCGCGCUGCUGGCGCUGCUAGUGUCGCCGGCGUGGGGCCGCGGUGGCCGGGACCACGGGGACUGGGACGCGGCUGCGCGGUUGCCGCCGCUGCCGCCCCGCGAGGACGCGGCGCGCGUGGCCCGCUUCGUGACGCACGUCUGCGACUGGGGCGCGCUGGCCACCACCGCCACGCUGGAGGCGGUGCGCGGCGGGCCCUUCGCCGACGUGCUCUCGCUCAGCGACGGGCCCCCGGGCGCGGGCAGCGGCGUGCCCUACUUCUACCUGAGCCCGCUGCAGCUCUCCGCCCACAACCUGCAGGAGAAUCCACAUGCUACGCUGACCAUGUCUUUGGCACAAACCAACUUUUGCAGGAAAAAUGGCUUUGAUCCCCAGAGCCCCCUUUGCGCUCACAUAAUACUGUCAGGAGCUGUGACCAAGGUGAACGAAACGGAAGUGGACUUUGCAAAGCACUCAUUGUUCGUCCGACACCCCGAGAUGAAAACCUGGCCUUCCAGCCACAACUGGUUCUUUGCUAAGUUGAAUAUAACCAAUAUAUGGGUCCUGGACUACUUUGGUGGGCCAAAAAUAGUGACACCUGAAGAAUAUUAUAACGUCACAUUUCAGUGAAGCCGGAAUAUGGAGAAUUGAGCGGCACCUGUGAGGUUCCUUGGCCUGUCUCCUGCACACCUACGGGCUUAGCAUUUCUCUGGAAGUCGGUUUUCUGACGUGCUGGUUGGCUUGUUUGCUUGCUUGUUUACAGAAUAAUGUUGAACCUAAACUCGAUUUCCUGGAAGUCGUGGUUGCUAGAUUGGUUUUUUCCCCCAUAUUUUGAAGCCAUUUUCAAGGAGGAAUUCCUUCAUAUAAUCAAAGAAAAUUAGUUUCAUCAAUUCCAAGUAUUUUGCAAUGGAGCUCCUUGAAGACCAAGUGCAGGUUCCAGUGGCCCGUUGGCCUUGCGGGUGCUGGUUUGCGUCCUUUAUCCCUGGCGGCUGCGUGCUGGGCGUGUGUCCUUACCCCAUCUGUCUCCCAACCACCGGUGCCUGGUGCAGAGGGGUGGCCCCUGUUAGAGGGGCCUCGUGACCCUGCCGGAAUGUGAGCUCAAAGGCCACUUCCUGCUUGUGCUGACCCACCUGACUGUCCUGACCGUCCCAGGUGCUGUUGACCCAACAGAGGGCAAAACUGUUUCUUACGAAGAGCAUUUUAAACUUUCACAUUUUAAAGUGACGCUUACCUAGACCGAGGAAAUUCAUAGAAACUUUUCCUGAAUUUGGUUUCCCACCUAAGUAGACAUUUGAUGAUCAGCUUCCUCCACCCAAAGCACACGUCUGCUUUGUGCCCUAAAAUAGAAUUGAAAGAGAGAGAAGGAAGGGAGUUUUGUGUAUUUCUGCUAUUCUCUUUUUAACUGGCAUUGACUCGGGUCUGGACCAGCUCUGGCCAGGGUUAGUCCCCCUGCCCAGCCAUCUGCCACAGCUCUGGACAUCCCGUCUCGGCAGUGACCUAUGGCUUCCUCGGUCACUCUGCAUAGCUCCUGAAGCUGCCUUCCAGAGUCAGGCUGUCCGAGGAAGAGACGGCAUUGAAAAGUCACAUUUCAGGAGAGAAGGCACCAUUUAGUUUUAGAUUUCCCUUAAAGAUGCAUCAAGCCGCCAAAUCCAAAAGUGGCAAAGAGAAAAGAAGAUGAUUCAUCAUGUUUGAAAACUAGAAAAUGAACUGAAACCCAGCAAACAGCUUCUGUUUUAAAAGCUGAUUUGUAUUAAACUCAAUAAAAUAGUCUUAUUCACAGCUUCAGUAACUGAA